UCUGUCAUACACUUCUUAAGGAUGUUGCCUCCCAGUCCUUGAGAGCCCGAGUGUACUAGGAGAACGACGUUGUCUUGUUGCAGACUAUUGUCUAUGUUGGCAAGUGAUGAAGCUUCAACAACCUGGACUUCGGCAAAGUGGUUCCCGGCUCCUAUGGUACCCAAUGCAGCAUCCCAUUGCUCACCAGCAGAAUGGCUGUGUUCUCACUCGUCCAGUAGCCAUGCUUCUCGGUACGCUUGGAUCCGCCAUACUCCCUCUAGCCCUCGAAGCUUCUCGGCGACUUUCUUGCCCUUUGUAUGGGCAGUAGUAGUAAGCCGAGACACAGAGAGCGAAUCGGCGGGUGCUUUGGAGGCUAGAGCUAGAGCUUCAACUGGACAUUAUGGGUUUACGCCUGCUGUUAUAUCUAGGUAGGGGGUCGGUGACUGAUGGUUACACCGAGGUGGGAAG